CCUCUACCUUCCCACCACUCGGAGCAAUGACCAAGUCCAAUGCACGGUCAGCUUCCCCUACUUCAGAAGCACCUCUCGUUAAAAAGCUCAAGACAGCUCACACAACACCCUCGGCAAGUGCAGAGGGCGUUACCUCCGCUUUCGCUCCUGGUGUGCUAGAUUAUCAGAAUAUUUCGAGGCUACAUAAGGAAUACGAAGAAAGUCAACCUUUUCACUACGCUAUUGUUGAAACUUUGUUCCAAGACGAUCUCUUGAAGAACGUGAAGGACGAGUGUCUAUCAGAGUUGAGUUUUACAACGAAAGAGACGGACAUUUACAAGGUCAAUCAAACGGGCGAUCUUGCUUCACUGAACUACUUAACAGACUCUGAAAUCUCGCUCCUUCCUAAUAUCCUCAAGUUGCGCAAUGCUCUCUACUCGAACGCGUUCCGAUCCUUUUUACGUUCUGUCACCGGUUGUGGUCCUCUCUCAGGUGUAAAACAAGACAUGUCGGUCAAUUCAUACACGAAAGGAUGUCACCUUCUCAACCAUGACGAUGUCAUUGGUACACGUCGCGUGUCCUAUAUCCUCUACAUGCCUCUUCCGCACUACCAAGUUUGGCCGUCCUCAUACGGAGGCGCGCUAGAAUUAUACCCAGUUCGACCUGGUCCGGAUGGCACAUUGGAGCCAGAAAACAUACCGUCGAAGAGUAUUGCUCCAAGCUGGAAUCAGUUCAUAUUUUUCGAGGUUCAGCCUGGAAGGAGUUUCCAUUCAGUGGAGGAGGUGGUUGUCGGCGAAGGAGGUGAGGAUGGACGGGAGAGACUGAGUAUCAGCGGAUGGUUCCAUGCUGCUCAGGAGGGUGAGGAGGGCUACGAACCUGAAAAAGAACCAGAAAUGAAGAGUUCCAGAGAGCAGUUGGCGGCAAGUCAAACUGUUUUCAACACAUAUUCUUCAUCCCCAGAAGAGGAAGCAUCGUCUGUUCACGAUAUCAGUUCUCUCUCCUCCGAACACAUUGCUUGCCUCACCGAAUACCUCAACCCUGUAUACUUACAACCUCGCACCCUCCAAGCACUCGCUGCUAGGUUUGUUAACGAAUCAUCGCUAGAGCUUCACUCGUUUCUUUCCAAUGACCUCGCUAAGGCUCUCGAACCACGUUUGCGCGGCGUCGAUGCCGUUGACGGUUUGGGUCCCUCUCGCGAAAAUAAAAUCCCCCCUCACAGUUCUGGUGUCGGUGGUUCAAGUCCGUGGUCCAUCAAAGGUCCUCCGCACAAGCACCGAUACUGCACCCUUCUUCCGCCCUCCCCUUCUGCUCCUGCGACGUGUAUAACACCGCUAUCUGCGAAUCCGUCUCUCUCAGGAAUAUUGAGGGUCUUACAAGACGAGCUGUUUCCGUCGGAAGCAUUCAGAGCAUGGUUAGCGGUUGUGACGAGGUUAUUACCUGUCGGUCACGCAGUCGAGGCGAGAAGGUUUAGACCGGGGUUGGACUAUACUCUCGCAACGAGUGAGGAAUCAGAGGCGAGGUUGGACGUUGUGCUCGGACUGACGCCGGAGGCUGACGACAACGAAAAGGAGACUUCAGGAGGUAGAAGGAGGGUUAGUAACCCCGAAAAAUCGGUAAGAGGCUGGGCUGCUGCUGAGUGGGGUGGUUGGGAGUGCUACAUGGCCCCUCACAACGAGGAAGACGAUCCUGCCGUUUAUCGUGCGGGAACGUACAAAAAUUCCGAUGGACUCGCAAACGGUAGUCACAAGGAUACAAAUGGUCACAUCACGAAUCCAGCUAUCAGUGUCGAUUCAAAUGGAAAUGGGAAGCGGAAAGAAGUGGAAAGAAACUCACCUCAUCCUCCAAAAUGCGACGCCGAUGGCGACAUCGAACUGGAGGAUGUUGAACAUGAGGAAGAGGAUGAAAUGGAGGACGAUAGCACGCUGCUCACGGUACAACCUGGGUUCAACAGACUGCUAUUGGUAUUGAGGGAUGAAAGAGUGAUGAGAUUUGUCAAAUAUGUGAGUGCGGCGGCGGAGGGGUCACGGUGGGAUGUGUGUGCUGAGUAUGAGGUUGGGAUGAUCAAGGAGGAUGAUGGCGACGACGAGCUGGGGGAAGCGAUAGUGCAGUAGGAAAAAGGGAGUACCGCGAUAUAUUAAGAUGAAGAGGCGAGAUCUAGAAACGUUUACAGAGCCCAAGGACAGAUAUACGUAUACAGAACGGGCAUCAUAUCCACCGAACAAGACCAAUGAGGUUGCUUAAUCUUUCUUUCACUAACAUGUAUAAUGUUUUAGUAUUUACUGACGUAGUGUUCCCCCGCCUUUAUCAUAUACCUCUUAUGUGUAUGUAACUUCGCCAUCUUUCAGACUUCGAGUAUUCGGGAAGAACGAUAAGAUAAGAUGAAAAUCAUUCGGUUACCUUGCUCAUGA